CUUUCAGUAUUUGUUAUUGUGAAAGAAGUUAAUUCACCUGAAACGGAGGAGGGGCAACCUGAGUUAUCAGAAAGUGACUUCCUGGCCUUCCCUUCUUUAUUGAUCAGAGGCACACAAAGUGUAGUUUCUAAGCUGAAUGAUGACAACAUUGCAGAAUAAAGAAGAAUGUGGAAAGGGACCAAAGAGAAUCUUUGCCCCACCUGCACAAAAAUCUUACAGCCUGUUACCUUGUAGUCCUAACUCCCCCAAGGAGGAGACCCUGGGGAUCAGUUCCCCAGAGACAGAGGCCAGCAUAAGCCUGCCAAAGGCCAGUUUAAAAAAGGAAGAGGAAAAAGCAACCACAAAGAAUGGUCCAAGCAGGGGCCAGGAGAAAAAAAGAAAGGCACAAAACAACAAGCAAGCAGAGAAGAAAGAAAAGGAAAAAUCAAGUCUUACCCCUGCAGAAUUUGAGGAGAUUGUCCAGAUUGUGCUGCAGAAGUCCCUUCAGGAGUGCUUGGGGAUGGGAUCUGGCCUUGAUUUUGCAGAGACUUCCUGUGCCCAGCCCAUAGUAUCCAACCAAUCAGCCAAGGAGCCAGGAAUUACUGCUUCUGCUACUGAUACUGAUAAUGCUAAUGGAGAGGAGGUACCACAUACUCAAGAGAUUUCAGUGUCUUGGGAAGGUGAAGCUGCCCCUGAGAUAAGAACAUCUAAGCUAGGCCAGCCAGAUCCUGUACCCUCUAAGAAGAAAUCCAAUAGACUCACCUUAAGCAAAAGAAAGAAGGAAGCUCAAGAUGAGAAGGUGGAGAAAACUCAAGGUGGACAUGAGCACAGACAGGAAGACCAACUAAAGGAGACAGUUCAGGAUCAUUCUCAGAUCAGGGACCUGCAAAAAGGAGAGAUAAGUGGUUUUGGUCAAUGUCUGGUCUGGGUCCAGUGUUCCUUCCCAAACUGUGGGAAAUGGAGGCGGCUGUGUGGGAACAUUGACCCCUCAGUUCUCCCAGAUAAUUGGUCCUGUGAUCAGAACACAGAUGUGCAGUAUAAUCGCUGUGAUAUUCCUGAGGAGACCUGGACAGGGCUUGAAAGUGAUGUGGCCUAUGCCUCCUACAUCCCAGGAUCCAUCAUCUGGGCCAAGCAAUACGGUUACCCCUGGUGGCCAGGCAUGAUAGAAUCUGAUCCUGACUUAGGAGAAUAUUUUCUUUUUACUUCCCAUCUUGAUUCCCUGCCGUCUAAGUACCACGUGACAUUUUUUGGAGAAACAGUUUCUCGUGCAUGGAUCCCAGUCAACAUGCUAAAGAACUUCCAGGAGCUGUCCCUGGAGCUAUCAGGCAUGAAAAAGCGCAGAAAUGACUGCAGCCAGAAACUGGGGGUGGCCCUGAUGAUGGCUCAAGAAGCAGAACAGAUCAGCAUUCAGGUGGGAGAGUGUUCAGACCACACCCAUUCCUUUCCCUGCUCUUGGACAAGUGGGAUUCUUUCUCAGUCCAGACAAAGACGGUUUGUGCCAGGGGCCAUCCUACCUCCAUAUUUCACUUCAAGUUUCAGAUAUAAGUGCUCUAACCUCUCUUUUCUGUGGAGUCAGUUUUUAUGCUCAAAUUCUGUUGGUGGGGGUGGGAUGGAGAAAUUUCAUCAUAACUACACAAUUCGAAAGACAGAAGGCAAACAACGCUGCCCUGAGAAGGACUUAUCAGCUCUCCUGGUUUGCAAACAGGCCCAGGAUCCAUGCUUGGAGAAAAAGGAGAGAGGAAGAAGUUGGAAAAGGAACCGGCGGAAGACAGCUUUCGCGAACCGGCGCCGCGCAGGCGCGCGCUCAGAGAAAACAGACCCAACUUUGCCUGUUUGUAAGCAAGUCAAAAUACAGACCCAAAAAACCAAGCCAAGAGGCACAGCAGAUGGCCAAGGCAGGACACUGCAGAGGAAGAUAAUGAAGAGAUCUCUGGGCAGGAAAUCCACAGCUCCUCCUGCACUCAGAAUGGGAAAGAAAGAAGGCCAAGGGAAUUCAGAUUCUGACCAGCCAGGCCCUAAGAAAAAAUUUAAAGCUCCCCAGAGCAAGGCCUUGGCAGCCAGCUUUUCAGAGGGAGAAGUUACAACAGUGCCAAAGGACCUGGGCCUAUCAGCAUGUAAAGGGGCCUGCCCCUCAGCUGCAAAAGAAGAGCCAAGACCCCGGGAACCCCUGACCCAGGAGGCUGGACGUGUUCCCCUUGAGGACGAAGCCUCCAGUGAUCUGGACCUGGAGCAACUCAUGGAAGAUGUUGGGAGAGAGCUGGGGCAGAGCGGGGAGCUGCAGCACAGUGACAGUGAUGGCGAGGACAUCCCCCUGGCGCUGUUUGGGAAGUAGCUGGUGCUCCUGCGCUCCCUUCUUUUCUCUCUUCUCUGGGGCGCAGGAGGGAGAAGUGGCUAAGUGCUGGGGCUGUUCAUUGGCUACCAGGUUCAAGUGUGUGUUGUGCUGUUUCUUUGUUAAUAAAGCAGGUUGCCGGUCGA